CUUUUGCCAUCGUCCAACCCAAAAAAUGAAAAGGUACAUAUGGAGGCACACAACGUACUUGUUUCAUCAGUACUUUGAAGUAAUCCAAUCUACGUGCACAUCUAAAAGUAUUGACUAUGUCGUUAAUACACAUCCUUGUGAUUGCCCUGGUUGGGCACAGUCUGGCAGAUGCCAAACCGAAUCCGUUGGGCCCGCAAAAUGAGCCACGUAAGCCGAUGUUGGUGUUCGCAACAAACGGCGAAGGCAAGGCUGUGGAAGAUGAGAAAAAAACAGGGUUCCGUCGAAGCAUUCCUCCUGGUGGAGCUUUAGGGUUCGGUGGAUUCGAUGCGGGCCUUGGAACGGGUUUUGUAGCCAACACUGGUUUUGGUUUCGGAAAUGGUUUGCAUGGUAAUAGUUUUACGGGUAACGCUGGAAAUUUCGGCAGUGGAUUACUGGCCAAUAAUUUUGCAGGUAACGCUGGCCUGGGUCUCGGGUCAGGUUUGACGGCCAACAGUUUCGUAGGCACCGGUUUCGGUUCUGGUUUAGGAAACAAUUUUGUAGGGAAUGGCUUAGCGGGAGCUACGUUUGGGGUAGAGGGAUUGAAUCCAACGCUACAAGGAUCUCUGAGUCCAUUGGCCUUCAGGAAUACCAUGGUUUAUUCGCCUUAUGGAACUAAUGUUGGAACCUUUGGCGUCAGUGCUGCUGUACCGAAUCAGUUUGACCUCAGUUCCGGGUUUUGGCCGAAUAGGCAAGGAUUGACCAACAAUUUCAGCGGUUUUAGCGGUAUGGGAGGUUUGAACGACCUAUCAAGUUUCUCUGGUUUGGGAAUCAAUGGGCUGAAUGGAUUCAGUGGGGUGAAUGGUUUCAACAAUUUCGCUGGUGUCGGAGGAUUGAGCAGCCUUGGCGGCGUCAACACUUUCAGAAACGCAGGAGUCGGUGGACUGAAUAGCGUAAGCAGUUUGAAUGGUAUCAAUACCGGUACCGGCUUCAAUAAUUUCGGGAGUUUGAGCAACGGAAUCAACGGUUUCAGCAGCUUCGACAACCGAUUCAAUGGGCUUAAUAACGGACUGAAUAGCUUCAGUUCAUUCAACACUGGUGUUCCGGGCGGUUUCAACAUUAACCCCACUCAAUUCGGUGCCAACCCGUUUGGUGGAAGCAAUUCUUUCAAGCGUUCACCAUUAGAUCCAACUUCCCCGUAUUACACUCGGCUGUACAACUCUGAUAACAACGACGAAAACGACCAGCAAACUGACUCUGGUUGGAGUAGCAACCGCAAUUCCGGACAAUCUGCUAGCGGCCGAGGUGUCAAUACGGUGACCAGUCAGUCGGCUGGUGGCCAAAUUCGCAGCAACUCGAAUACUUCCGUUUAAUAGCUUCUAACGUCUCAGACCGACACCGAUCAUUCAACAGACUCUUUGUAAAAAAAAAAGAAAAAAGACAAACAAAUGAAAAGUUACAUUUUCUUUUCCCUUCUUAUUAGCUAUUACUAAAUCUAUCGCUUUCCAAUAUUUUCAAAGAAAUACACUCUUUUCCAGUUAA